AUGCCGAGAAAAUCCACGUCGUCAACAGCAGCUACCUCCGCUGAGCAGCCGCUAAGACGCAAGGUCACAUUGGCAUGUAUGGUGUGCCGCAAGAAAAAAGUGAAAUGCAACGGCGUACAACCAGCUUGUUCACGAUGCCAGACAAUGGGUUUACAGUGCCAAUAUUCGGAUCCCCCCAAGAAGCGUGGCCCACCCAAGGGGUAUGUGGAAGUUAUCAAUAGCCGCGCUCGUAGAAUCGAAUCACUUUUAAGUAACUCAGGAGUUUAUCGUCCGAUGAUGACCACCAACCAAAACAAUAAUAUCAGCAAUAGCAAUAACAACGACAACUCAUUAACAAAAGAAACAACAACAACAACAGCAACAACAACGACGUCUUAUAACCGCCAACAGCCUUCCAAUGAUAUCCUCAAGUUUGUGGCUGAUUGUGUGCCUACAACGUUCUAUCAACAAAUGAAUACCUAUUCGCCUCCACACACCUUUGUACGACUUUUACCCGAAUGA